AAAGAGUCAAUUAAAUAACUCUCAUAAGAAAAUGACAAAUCUAGAAAAAUCUUUAUCUGAAACGACAACCUCAGUUGUUUCAAGUAAUGUCAUAGACAUUGAAUCAUCAACUAAACCAGAAGAGAAUCAUAAUUAUAAUGGUUUAGAUGAUAGUAGUAAAGUAAUUAGUGAGGCAGCGACAUAUGGUUCGCUUUGUAAUUUUGGAGAUUUACCUUAUUGGUGUCAAGAUAAUCGUAAUAUAGUCAGUGGAUAUCGAAGGCCAACAUUUUCAUAUCUCAAAUGCACAUAUUCACUAUUUUACAUUCAUAAUGAGUUUG